AUGCUGUUCCAAGUCGAUUACAUUGUCAUUCGAGCGCUGAUAACCUCGCUGCGGCUGGUAAUUCCGCUUAGCAUAGCAUACACGCUGUUGAGCUACUAUUCCGGCCACUGGAUCUACUCUAAAUGGCUCGGAUGGUACGCGCUCGUGGAGGUCGCUUUCUACGCCCUGGUCUAUCUCCCUCGACGGAGGAUGCUGCAGAAGCCCGCUGUGCUCCCGCCUACUCCGUCCCACGAAGAGCGCCGAAUUCUCUUCAACAAAUGUCUCCCGUAUCUCUGCAAAGCCAAGGGCGCAAAGGGAUGGUUCCUGACCCUGGAUAAGCCGCACUCGUACAUAUCGCGAGAACAGCUAGUGGAUGUCCUCUUGCUUCAUGUGUUCAAUGCUAGGCGCGAGGAGUUGCGUGCGGGACGGAAAGACGAGCUAGAAGAUUACAUCGCUCGCGUUGAGGCUACUGUCGGCCACAAGUUUGAAGAUGAGUCCAAUGCGGGCCAGAAAGGUAUGAUGCCCACGCUGGACGAGGUGCGUGUGUUGCACAGGCCGCUCAUUUGGUACUUUAACGUCGCGUUCGUGGAUACCUGCAUGUCGCUUACAUUGCUAUGGAACGGAUUCGGGCACUACGAGGUCCAUCGUAGGAUACCGUGCUUCCCCCCGCGAGCAUCGGUGCUAUUCUCGAAUCGGUCGCCACAUCCAGAGCUGGGUUAUUGGUACCGUCCGCACCGUAGCAAGUCCAAGCUGCCGGUGCUGUUCCUACACGGUGUUGGAAUAGGGCUCACACCUUACGUACCCUUCCUUCUCGACAUCGUGUCCGCAGAUCCGGAUGUCGGGAUAGUGGCUAUAGAGAACCUCUCCAUCAGCUCGCGUAUCAGCGAACCUAUCCUCAAGCGGCAUGCCAUGAUGGAUGCUAUACGGCAGAUCCUCGACCAUCACCGGCUAUCGCAGGUCGUAAUAGCCGCGCACUCGUAUGGCUCCGUCAUCACCACGCACAUCCUCCGAGAUCCUGCACUCUCUCCGCGAGUGGCCGCUAUGGUACUCAUCGACCCCGUCGCACCUUUGGCGUACAUGCCCGACCCGAUGUACAAUUUCGUCUAUCGCCAGCCGCGGCUCGUAUCGGAGUGGAUGCUCUGGUACUUUGUCUGCCGCGAUCCGGACAUCUCACGGGUGAUUCAGCGCAACUUCUUCUUCACGGAGAGCGCGCUCUGGAAGGAUGACCUAGAUGGCAGGAAGUACACUGUGGUGCUUGGGGGGGAGGAUCUUCUGCUGGAUACGAAGGAGAUUAGGAGGUACUUUACGGGAGAGGAAGGGGAGGAGUUUCGAUGGCAACGUGAGGGCGUUGAGGUGAUAUACCGGGGAGACAUCGGGCACGAGGAGGUUCUCUUCACGCAGGAGCGAAGACGCCCUAUGCUCAAGGCCCUGAUGGAUUUCGUUCGCAUACCUGAGCAGUGA